GCUGCUGCUGCUGCCUCUGCCCGCUGUGUGGACGGGGACCAGUUAAAAAAUUGUGCGCAAACAGGCAGUGUGUGCGGCUCCUUCAUUGUCCGGGAGCAUCAUCCUGUACGAGAAGCUCCUACUGGACUGGAAACUCCGGUGCCGUUCUGAUUCUGAUUAAGGUGUUUGGGAAGAGGAGGAGUGCAACCAACGUGUGGCAACGACGCAAAACAGAGGUGUUUCAGAAAUCGUUCCGAGUGUGGUGUUCCGUGGUGGUGUUGUGGAGUGUUCGAACCUGCUGCAAGCCGCGCUCGGCCCGCUCGGCCCGCUCAGCCCGCUCGGCUCGGUGACGACUGCGACGGGAUCGCUGCACUUGCCCGUUUGCUCGGAGGUAGCUGCAAGAAAAUCCGUGAACUCCACAAUGUGGUGCACACCGAUUUUCUGUCGCGCUCCGUCGUUAGGCGGCCCGAGCCAGCGAGCGAGCGAGUCAGCGACAGCAGUGGCAACGGAAGCGGCAGCGGCAGUGUCGAGCAGUGUCAACCUUUAUUUUGUUCCGUGCCCGUGCGACCCGACCCGAGCGAUGGCUUGGUCUUCCUCGGUCCGACUGAUCGGACCGAAGUGAUUACACAGUGCGAACAGUCAUUUCGGGUAGCGACGCCACGCCACGGAGCAGCGCACCGAGGCUUACCGAUGUCGUCGAAGCGCAAAUCACCGCCGAACAAGCUGUCGAACGCGGUCACGGUCGAGAAAAACAACUUCGCGACCAAGAUAUCGCUCAAGAAUGAGGAGCUCAUCAAGUCGUCGCCGGUGAAGGAGCUGAACUGUGCGUUCGACACCAACUUCAUCGCGAUGCAGAAGAUGAGCGCCGACCCGAAGUUUCUCCGACACGACGAUCUGCUCGGGGGCGGUGGCAUCCCCCACCGGCACGGCAACACCACCGAGCAACACAACAAUGCUGGCGGCGGCCCGCUCGAGCACGACUUCCACUACAACCUGCCGUUCCUGAACGUGGCCAGCUACAUCUUGAAGGGAUCCGAUCCGACGGGCCUGACCAAGGCGGACAAUUUUCAGCUGACGAUGAACCUGGGCAGCCUGAACAUUUCGAACAGCCAGCACGCCGGCCUGCCCGGGUCGCCCGGGUCACCGACGGCCGCGGUCGCCGCGCCCACACCGCCCCCACGGCUCGCUGGCGCUGGCGGCGUAACGGCAGCCGUACCGCAUCAACCACCCCGGAAGCUGAACAAUAUGACCCUGAAUCAUCUUAAGUCGAUCGUCGACAACUUCGACUGCCUGAACAACAACAUAAACGACAAGAGCAGCUACGGUGACAGCGCUGCCAGCACCACCCAACACAACAACAAUAGCUGCCCGCCGACGGUGCCGGCUGAGGAGUGUACGCUGGCGACAGACGGGCCUCCGGCGGGCCACCAACUCCACCAGCAGCACCAGCAGCUGAACAAUCGCGGCUACACGGCCAAGAACAAUCUGGAGAACUUCCGCACGCAGCUGGACGAGCGCAUCACCAACCUGCAGCUCAGCAUGAGCGAGAUCUAUCUGAUGCGCCUGAACCUGAGCCUGCUCGACUUUCCCAACGAGAUCCCGAACACGCUGCUGCACGAUCGGAACAACAGCAACCGGCCGACCGGCGCCGGGGACGAGCAGGCGACACCGAACAUGAACUGUAGUUCCUCGCAGAACAACAUCAAGCUCAUCAAAAGAAGUUUCAAGGAGUCGCUGUACGAAAAGGAGAAGAACAUCAACCGGCUGAUCAUGUACUUCACGAUCUGGCGCGAGAUGCUGCAGAAGGCAGAAUUUGGUGAACACAGGGUGAAGCACAAGCAGAACAACAAUUUCAAAGGUGCCACCGGCGAGCCCUGCGCUGGUGGCGGCCCUGGCGGCACUGGCGGCUGUCCUGAUGGCCGAGCUCCGUUCGCCGGCGGCUCGCCGGCCCAUCCCGCCACAUCAUUCCCGGCGGCUGCAGCGACGUCUUCGGCCGCCCUGUUGAAUGUAAGCCCAAGCUUGAUCGGGGGGCCGGCCGCCGCCACCGCCACGGUAGACUGUGAUAGUGUGGGGAACGAGUCGCACGAGCCGGAGAACUGCAUACGCCGAUACCAAAACAUCUUUCAAUCGCUGGCCAGCAAGCUGCCAGUCCCGCCCGUCUGCUCGUACACGUCUGCUGGCGUCGGUGGAGGUGGAGGGCGCAAGAACCCUCGCAAACGGCAGCAACCGCAGCAGGCGACGGCGGGCGACGCGACUGACAGAUCGACGGAACAGAUGGCGGCUGCGGCAGCGGCGGCGGCUGCGGCGGCGGCGGCAGCCGUGCUGGCGAAACAGCCCCUGCUGUCGGUCGGGCUACCGAACUGCCCGACGGCGCCCAGCCUGGCGGCCCUGUACGACCAAAACUACGAUGGGAAGGGGCAGCAGGACGAGGGCCGAAACCAAAGGUACGCGAAGGAACCGGACGCACCGAUCAACCUGUCCAAGCGGAAGCUGUCCUGCGAGAGCCCGGGCCUGCCGGCGCUCGAGCUGAGCAACGGUGCUAAGCCGGGCGGCGGCGGCGAUGGGCGGCCGUUCGGGGCGGCUGGCUCGCUGUUCGGGGCGUGCGGGGACGUGGACGAGCUCGGGCACCGAUUGGAGCUGAUGCCGCCCGGGGCGGCUGUGGCGCUGCUCGAGCAGGACACGGACAAGUACUUCGGGCACCACAAAUCCAAGCGCGAGCGGCUCGAGCUGGACGAUCGGAACGACCGUCUGUACGAGUAUGGGGCGGACGGGGGUGGUGGCGCCGGUGGGCUGCACGCGAAGCAUGCCAAGCAGCUGGCGCUAGCGUACCAUCACCACCACCACCAGCAGCAGCAUCAGCAGUCGCCGAGCCCGCACCACCACCAGGGUAGCCCGGAGGAGAAGCAAGGGCCGACGGGGCUGCUCGGGGAGCCGGUGCAUGGCGGUGGCGCCGGUGGCGGCUAUCCGCUCGCGCAACAGUUCUUCAUGAGUGCGGCGGCGGCGGCGGCCGCAGCCGCCUCGACGGAUGGCGGAGGGAACGGGGUGUCGGUGGCGACGGUGGGCGGGCUGUCGCCGUUCAGCAGUAACGCCGCCAUGAUCGACAACAUGAACCGCCACCUGAUGCAGCGCCAGCAAUCGAUGGCGGCGGUCGCGGCCGUCAGCGGUGGCGUCGGAGGUGGCGGCGGCGCAGGUGGUGGCGGCGGUGGAGGCGGUGGGCCGGGUGCCGGGAUGGGACCGGGUGGCGGCGGCGGCGGCAAGAAAGAGAAGACGAUCGGACUCGGGGCGCUCGACCUGGGCCCGGACCUCGGCCCCGCCGGUCGCAGCCGGUCGUCCAGCACCGAGAAGAACCACAUCAAGCGGCCCAUGAACGCGUUCAUGGUGUGGGCGAAGGACGAGCGGCGCAAGAUACUGAAGGCGUGCCCGGACAUGCACAACUCGAACAUCUCGAAGAUCCUGGGCGCCCGCUGGAAAGCGAUGACGAACCUGGAGAAGCAGCCGUACUACGAGGAGCAGGCGAAGCUGUCGAAGCAGCACAUGGAGAAGCACCCGGACUACCGGUACCGGCCGCGGCCGAAGCGGACCUGCAUCAUCGACGGCAAGAAGAUGCGCAUCUCCGAGUACAAGUGCUUGAUGAAGAACCGCCGCCAGGAGAUUCGUCAGUUCUGGACGCGCGACUACGACUGCGGCACCGACCAGAAGUGCCCGCUGAAGCCGGACGGCACCGGCAAGCUGAUCAAGAACGAGGCCAUGUAGAGUGCACCGCACAGGGACGCGAGCCUAGCAACCUCUCUCGCGCCAUCCCGUGGUGUCGCUAAUCCCGCUAAUAAUGCCCAGAGUGAUUUCGCCAUGUAACGCCAUGCUAACACACGAUCACGCACACGUUUCCACACAUUCUUACACAAUCACCACGAGAGGAA